AUGUACAAAUGUAAUCAAGAAGGCUGUAUUAGGGACUUUGAUGGUUCAGAAAAAUUUAGACAACAUUUAAAAAGAGUUCAUUCAAUACCUGACGUAAUACAUCAAUUUUCUUUUAAUAAUGCUUCAGAUAUUCCUAUUUCUGAUGAUAUUACUCCUGUCUUAAAUUUGCCUGAAGAAGUUGUAAAUACUAAUGAUGGUAGUUUACACAGUGAUGAUAUCAUAGGUACAAAUGAAGUUAACUAUUUUAAUAGAUCUUUUGAAGAUAUUGUGAGUAAUUGUGCAUUACAAUUCAUAACAAAAUUAUACACAAACCCUAAUGUUACUGAAUCUCUGAUGCAAGAAAUAGUUGACGGGGCAACAGAACUGUUCUCAUCUGGGAUCAUAUCCAAUUUAAAAACUAAAAUAAUGCCUCAUUUAUUUAAUUCUAAUAAAACUGAAAUAGCUGAAAUUGAAAAAAUUCUUACUGUCUUAGAAAAUCCAUUUUCAAAAUUUAGGACUGAGUAUAAGCGUUUUAAGUAUUUUGAAACAAAUAAUUUAUUUUCUAAACCAAAAACAGUUGUUAUUGGGUUUGUAAAUCAGCAAAAAAUUGUGUCUGGGGUUGAGCGCCAAAUUAUGGAACAGGUUCAAGGCCAUUUAUUUCCUAUUAAAAAUAAUCUAAAAAGAUUUUUUGAAUUACCUGGCGUGUAUAAUGCAGCUAAUGAGUUUAUUUCAUAUUCAGAAAAUUCUGAUUUAUUAUCAUCAUUUAUAGAUGGAACCACUUGGAAAAAUAUUAAAAAAAACUUUCAAAAUAAAAUAGUUUACCCAAUUUUUUUAUAUUUUGAUGAUGCUGAGAUGGGGAAUCCACUUGGUUCACAUUCAGGUGUUCACAAAAUGGGAUGUGUGUAUUAUACUAUUCCAGCCAUACCUCCCGAAUACUUGUCUGCCUUAGAAAAUAUUUUUCCAGCAUUUCUUUUUCAUUCGACAGAUCGAGGAGAACAAAAAAUUAAUAAUAAAACCUUAUUUUCUUCUCUUAUAACAGAACUUAUAGACUUGCAAGAAAAUGGAAUUUCUAUUUGUGUUAAUUCAACUAAUAUUACUAUACAUUUUGCUCUUGCAUUAAUUUUAGGAGACAAUUUAGGCCUUAAUUCUGUAUUAGGCUUUGUUGAAAGUUUCUCUGCAAACUACUAUUGUCGUAUAUGUUGUUGUCCUAAAAGUCAAAUGCAAAACAUGCUUAUAGAAUCCGUUAAUUCAAUUAGAAAUAAAGAAAAUUAUGAAUCAGAUGUGCAAAAAAAUAAUGUUUCAGAGACUGGUAUAAAUUCAUAUUGUGUUUUCAAUGAAAUUCCUAACUAUCAUGUUACGGACAACAUGGUGUGUGACUUUAUGCAUGAUGUAUCUGAAGGAGUCGCACGAUAUGAUAUGGCUCUUAUAAUCAAUUACUUAAUAAAUAAUAAAUACUUUUCACUUGAAAAUUUAAAUAAUCGAUUAAUGUUAUUUGAGUAUGGAGUUACUGAGUCCAAAAAUAAACCACCAACAAUUAGUAAGACUAAUCUUAAUAAUAAUUGUAUAAUCAUGUCAGCCUCCGAAAUGUUAUGUUUAGUACGAUAUUUUGGGCUAAUUGUUGGUGAAUUGGUCCCAUUAGGCACUAAAAUCUGGGAGUUAUAUAUUAGCCUGAGAAAGAUAGUUGAUAUUUGCUGUGCUCGAGUUUUACAACGUGAAUGUGCAUUUCAAUUAGACUCAUUAGUUUCUGAACAUAAUAAAUUGUAUUUAUAUUUUUCUAACAGCUCCCUUAAACCUAAAUUUCAUUUCUUAACACAUUAUGGUCGCUUACUUCUUAAAAAUGGCCCUAUUUCACUUACUUCCUCAUUAAGAUAUGAAGCAAAACACAAAGUUUUAAAGGCAUAUGCCAACUCCAUACCAUGUAGAAUAAAUCUAGGACAUACAUUAUCACACAAACUACAAGUACAGAUGAUUCAUCGUUUUCUAAUUCAAAAAGGGCUGGAACUAGAUUUAAAAGUGGGGUCAUGUUUAAAAAUGAUUACUUCUGAAGAUUUCAAUAUCAAUUUUUUUAGUUCAUUACCUAAUGAAUUUAAAAGUGAUACAUUUUCAGUUCCUUGGGUCAAUUUUAAAGGAGUUCAGUAUAAACCUGGAAUGUUAUCAAUAAUUGAUAUUGAUUUAAAUGGUUGUAUUUUUGGUGAGAUACUUUAUAUACUUGUUAACAAGUCAAGAAUGCCAUAUUUAGUGUGUAAACUAUUUUUAACAGUGGGUUUCGAUAGACAUUUUCAUGCUUAUGAAAUUGAAAAAUAUAAUGAAAGAGAAUCUAACCUUAUUGGUUGUUAUUUAAAAGAUUUAAAAGACUCUACCCCAACUACUCUCCGUGUUCUUGGAAAUGGUAAAUUGUAUGCUAGUUUAAGAUAUGCGUUGUAA